CGUCGAUUCGCGCAUUUCACUUUUUGACAACUUCCGCUUAUCAGUCUCGCACGCUCACUGAUGCUUGGUGAUUUUGCGAAGUCAGGCGAUGGUCGAAGCCGAUUUGCCCUUUCUAGACGAAGACGAAAUGUUACAGGCAGCCAUGAAUGAUGUGAUGCUGGAUCUGAUAGACGAGGUGACUCUUGGUCUCUGUUUUGAGGUGCAUCGGGCAACGAAGAGGGGCACCAUAUUUCUAUCUGACACGGAUCCCCAGGCACAUAAAGAUCAUGAAGUAGUUGAUCGGCCAGGAGUGGACGUGUUUGGCCAGGUGCCGACAAAGAAGCAGUUUGAAUGUGUGUGUCCUAACUGCCAGCGCCAUCUGGCAGCAUCUCGCUUCGCGCCCCAUCUGGAGAAGUGUAUGGGGAUGGGUCGUAACAGCUCCCGUAUCGCCAGUCGACGCAUUGCCAACAACAGUACCAAGCGAGACAGCGGUGAUGACAGUGGUGAUGACGACAAUGACAAUGAUUGGACGUACAUAGAAUCAGCCAAGAAAUCAAAGAAACCAAGUAAAAAGGAAAAAAGUGUCAACUCUCCUCGCAGGAAUAAAUCCCAGGUUGGCAAGGUGAAGAACGGAGGAGACUCCAAUACAGAAAGCAUUGGAACUCCUGAAUCCAACUCACUCAACUAUGAAAGUAUGACAAUAGAAGAAAGAAAGUCACUUCUUUUACUUACGUGCGGGGUAAUCUCAGAACACACUAAGAAGAUGUGUACAAGGUCCAGUCGAUGUCCUCAACAUACAGACGACCAGAGGAGUAAAGUCCGCCAGUUGCUACUGCGACAAGGGUCAUCUCUUGAAGGCGAGGACGUACAUGUCGACAUUGAUAGCAUUGAUGACGCAGAGAACCAGGUGCUGAGGGAAACCCUUCAGUGGGAGGCCUCCUCUAACUCCUCUCCUGCUGACUCUACCUCCACAAACAACAGUACAGGGUCCAGAAAAAGGUCACAGAAAAGUUCUUCCAAGUCAGGGGGAAAUAAGAAGAGAAAAACUGGUAAAUCUUCCGCCAAUAAUGGAGGAAGCAACACUAGUUCGUCAGCUAACCUCUACGACUUCAGCUGAGUGUCUGCCAGUGGUGGAUACAUUCAUUACACAUGUGAAGAUGACAAUACUCUCUCAGGGCAGAAGAGUUAACAGCUGGGCCCUGUCAUGGGUAUAUGUUAACUCUGUCAUCAGUGUAGUGUGUGUUAGCCAGUUGGCUGUUAACAGGCCUGUUUCCAGUUCCAAGCAGGUGGAGGCGGCCUGUGAGGAUUCCAGGGCUGCGUGUCGUGCAGAUACUUGAUCAGUCACGUGAUGUACAUGAUGAUAUCAUCUCACAUCUCAGGGCAGGGACGUGUCAGUGUUGUAAGUCUGUGAGGAACUUGACUGUGCGGAUGUGUCAAACGUGAAUGUGGAGUUGCAUGCACAGGUCUCGUUACUUAGUCUGCUAUAACCAUCACCUGGACCUGUUUCCUCAGCUAAUCCGGGGUUCAUUACUUUGCAUUACUUGAAAGGGGAUCUGAAAAAACUUUGAAUAUCCAAAGUUUGACCAUCAAAUUAGGGAGUGUUUUUUGUGAAUUCUUUCUGUUUGCCAUAUGUUGGGUAGGGUCAGGUUGACCCAGUUCACCAGGUUAGCAACAGAUUAUUUCACAGACUUACUGUCAUAACGCUAAGACCUUGCACAGAGCCCCCUUCUACUGAGACAUCUUAGUGCCAUGCAUUACCAUGUAGGCUAGCAUGUCUUAGCAGUGCCAAAUUAUCAACAGCUUCCUUCAGGGCCCCAUUCUAUAAAGUCAUCUUUGCGCUACGCUCAUAAAUCUGUUAAAGAUUUGGACAAUACAACAGUGGUCAGCCUCAGAUUGCUUUGUGGAACAUGACCCACCAUUAUAACAGUUCAUCCAAAGGAUAUCUCAAAUGCUAAGUCAGCAUGGCUACAGUGCUUUGUUCACUUCUUUCUUUGUCUGCUGUGGAGAUUUUGGUUUAGGUCCUCCACGGUCAAGGCUUGCAAGGGCAUAUUUGGGAUGCGCUAGUCAUGCUUGGUGACUUGGUUUAUUGCAUGUCGACAUCCCAUGAGGGUGUUGCUUGCUGCUCAUCAGCAUGGAUUACUUACAGGCUGCAGUUACAUAGCUGGAAUAGUGCUGAGUGUGGCAGAGAAUAGCAUCAAACUGCAAACAUAAGACAACAACAUAUCACUAUGUGUGGCACAAAACGACUCAAACAAAACAACAAAGAUCUUCCCUUGAAUUCUUCCCUCGGUGUAAGGUAUUGUGUCAUUGGAAAAUGUGUAAAUAGAAGAGAUGCCGAGUACAGACAUCUGGUGAGUGCUACUAGUACUACAAGAUGGCUUCUCUUUAUCAAAACAUGAAACUACAUUCUUCAGCUCGUCACAAUAUGGCUGAAAUAUUGUCGAUGUGACACUAAAUAUUAACUCGCAUUCUUCAGUGACAUGUCAGGUUAAAUCUUGUGAUGGAUAAAAACAGAUGCUAUUUAAAGUAUUACGAGUGAGUGAGUUUGGUUUUAUGCCGCUUUUAGCAAUAUUUCAGCAAUAUCAUGGCGGGGGACACCAGAAAUGGGCUUCACACAUUAUAUCCAUGUGGAGAAUCGAACCCGGGUCUUUGGCAUGAUGAAUGAAUGCUUUAACUACUUGGAUACCCCGCUGCCCCUAGAGUAUUGUAAAACUACCGCAGUUUAUGGGUGUUGGCAGAGAAGUUUGGUUGUUUUAUUAUUGUGUCGUCAUUGUUGAUAUACAGGGAGAUUCAGGGAGCAGCUUUGGGAAAUGCUUUAAUCAUGUCAAUUGAUGUUUGGUUUAUGUGGCAGUGAAUAAGAGCUUAUAAAUAGUCAUCAGCUUUACUCUGGUUGGUUAAAUGGCCUCAUGUUGUAACUAUAUGUAAUGAAUCCUGAUUGAAAAGUCUGACGGAUGUCCCAUUGGGAUUCUAAGUUAGAACUGGCCCCCAGCAACCUCUUAAGGGUAAAUGAGUCUUCCGAGUGGAUUGGGUGGUCUGAUUUUAUUAUUCACAGGCACAUAUAGCUGGGAUAUUGCUGGAUGCCUCAUUAAAACAUGCUUGUUUGUUUACCACUUCUUGAAGGAUGGGGUAUGGGUGUGUCAGGAGGUGGUUAUCAUUGGUUUGAUUCCGAGAUUAUGUUUGUAGGUCUAUCAGCUCCAUAACCAUGCUUGUGAGUUUCACUAAAGUGAUAAACAUUUGGGACUUGGAUCACUAGGGGCAACCUGUGAUGAUCCGGGUUAGAAUUGGUCUUCAGCAACCCAUGCUUGUCGUAAGAGGCGACUAAGGGGAUCGGGUGUUCAGGAUCGCUGACUUGGUUUAUAUGUGUCAUUGUAUCCGAAUUGCUUAGAUCGAUGCUCAUGAUGUUGAUCACUGGAGUGUCUGGUCCAGAUGCGAUUAUUUACAGAACGCCAUUUUAUAGCUGGAAUAUUGCUGAGGUCAACAUGAAACAACACACAAAUCACUUGGAGCCUCCUACAUCAAGUUGACAUGCUAUGAUAUAGCUGAAAUACUUUUAACGUGGCCUUAAACCAACCUCACAUACACUCUUGGUCUUACACUUCUCUUCUCACCGUAUUUCACAGUAAGUAAAACUUCAUACCUGAUCAAGCCUUGUAAGCACACUUAAAUCUUGUCUAAUUUAUAGUUCUGUACAAUACUGGCAGAGUAAGUCUGGGUUGAUUAAGGAAUAAGAUCCUAACAUGGAAAUAGGAAGAAACUACUCUUGGGAGGAAAACGUAUCCGUGACAAGAGGGUAUCAGGUGAUAGAAGCAGAGGCGUACAUGGCUACAGUUUUACAGGUGUCCUGUAAUGUGCUUGUUUCUGUGGGUGAUAGUUGUAGAUGUGCUGCAUCAGCUGUUGUCGUUGACUGUUCCAGCAGGUCCCCAAAUCCACGCACCCAGGGAGUGGAAGUCUCUGACAGGACUUUCAUUACAUGGUGAUUUGUUCUCAUACGUCUGAGUAUGAAACGUUGUCUUUCCUGAUUUUGCAAUGUGCUUAAAGCGAACAAUUGUUCAUUUGUUACUUUGUUUAUAAUGUAUUUAUUGUGUACAGUACAAAGAUGUGAAAUUGUGUGAAUAUACAAAUGAAUAAACAAUUGAUGGUU